CACGGAAGACGUUUUACAAGAGGGAAAUUUUCAAAUCGAGGACAGAGGCGCCUCUGCGAGCAACUGAGACAAACUUCACAACAAUGCAACGAGGAGGUAAAGGGAAGACUCCUCGGAGGCCUGCCUUGAAGAAGGCCACCAAUGUAGAGCGAGAUCCUGUGGGCGUUUACUGUCGUAUACGUCCAAUUGGUGCUGAUGAUGAGGAAUAUUGUGUUGAAAUGAUAAGUAACACCACGAUUCAGCUGCAUGCUCCCGAUGGACUAAAAGCCAAUCGCAACGGUGAAUAUAAGGAGACUCAGUACUCCUUUAAAAGAGUAUUUGGUAUUAACACCAAUCAAAUGGAGCUGUUUGAGGAUGUUGCCAAGCCACUGGUGAAGGACCUCAUUCUCUGCAAAAAUGGUCUGCUUUUUACAUACGGUGUUACUGGAAGCGGUAAGACGUACACCAUGACGGGCUCACCUGGGGAAGGUGGACUCCUCCCUCGUUGUUUAGACAUGCUCUUCAACAGCAUCGGGCCUUUCCAGGCCAAACGAUUUGUGUUUAAACCAGAUGACAAAAAUGGAAUCGAGAUCCAGAGCCAGGUAGAUGCUCUCCUUGAGAGACAGAAACGAGACAAUCUGCAGUCAGUGCCCAAAACACCAUCUUCCAGUAGGCAGAAGGCUGACCCAGAAUUUGCAGACAUGAUCAAACCAGUGGAGGCGUGUAAAUGUGAAAGUGUUGAUGAAGAUAGUUGUUACAGCGUUUUUGUGUCCUACAUCGAGAUCUACAACAACUACAUCUAUGAUCUUCUAGAAGAUGCUCCRUUUGACCCAAUCAGACCAAAGAUAAAAGUCAGGUGAAUGUGAGCCAGCUGUGCCUGGUGGAUCUGGCGGGCAGUGAACGCACCAACAGAACCAGAGCAGAAGGGAGCCGUCUUCGUGAAGCAGGUAAUAUUAACCAGUCUUUGAUGACUCUGCGUACAUGUAUGGAGGCCCUGCGUGAAAAUCAGAUGUAUGGAACCAAUAAGAUGGUGCCAUACAGGGACUCAAAAGUGACACAUCUUUUUAAAAACUACUUUGAUGGAGAAGGAAAAGUCAGGAUGAUUGUGUGUGUCAACCCAAAGGCUGAGGAUUAUGAAGAAACAGUGCUGGUGAUGCGCUUUGCAGAAAUGACUCAGGAGGUGGAGGUUGCUCGGCCAGUAGAUCGGCCAAUCUACGGCCUCGCAGCAGGGCGACGACAGAGAAACCAGGCUUUCAAAGAUGAGUUGUCCCGGCGCCUGGAAGAGAGAGGAGGUCCAUGUACCGCAGACGACCCAGCUGAGCUGAACCAGCUGAUUGAAAGCCUCCCAGCCCUGCCUCCCUGUGAGCUGGUGGACCCCGCUGAUGAUCAAACGUUGCCACGUCUGAUCGAGGUCCUGGAAAGGCGACAGCAUAUCCGUCAGAUGAUAACAAAACAAGUCAAUCAAACUGCAAAUACACUGAAGUCCAUGCUUCAGCAGAUUGACAAUCAACUGGGUGAGAAGGAGACCUUCCUCCAUGACCAGCAGCACAAACUAAGUGAGAAAGACAAAGUGAUCCUCAACCAGAAGUCCGAGAUUGAACGAUUAGAGAAGAAAUCCAAGACACUGGAAUACAAGAUCGACAUCCUGCAGAAAACAACCGAGAUGUAUGAACAGGACAAACGCUUGCUUCAGCAGGAGCUGGAGGGCAGGGAGCASCUGCUGCAGAAAGAGUUAUCAGAGAAGAGGCGCAUGGAGCAGCGGAUGCAGGGCGUGGUGACAGACACCAAACUGAAAUGGGAGAAAGAGUGUGAGAGGCGAGUAAAUGCCAAGCAGCUGGAAAUGCAGAACAAACUGUGGGUGCAGGAUGAAAAGCUGAAGCAGCUCAAAGCCAUAGUGACGGAGAACAGUGCUGGUGGCGGCCGUCCAACCGAACCACCACCCAAACCUGAGAGACCCUCCAGAGAUAAAGAUCGUAACGCACCCCAGAAACGCUCUGCCUCCCCGACUCCACUUCCUGACUUUGGCCGAACUCCUCUCAGCCAAAACCGAGCCAAUGUUAGGGCAGUUAAGGACCAUUGCUCUACCUCCACUCCCUCCUCCUCUUCAUCCUAUCCUUCAGUAGCUUCUUGUAUCUCUGAGUGGGAGCAGAAGUUCCCCAUAGACUCAGUCAGCCAGUCUAGGUACCCCGGGACUCCUCGGUGCACGAGCCGAACUCCCGCCCCGUGCCACAGCACCAGCAGCAUGGGUCGCAGGAAAGGCCAGCGCUGGGCCCCUGACACUGAGGCUCCUGCUACACCUCUUGUCUAUCAUCUAAACAGAGAUGAAGGCACAAGGACGGUUCCUCCGGUUCACCCGAGGCACAGGCGCUCGCACUCUGCGGGUGGGGAGAAAUGGGUAGACCACAAACCCUCUUCUAAUUUGGAUCUAGACACUGUAAUGCAGCCAAUCGUACCCAAUGCAAUCAAAGUGUCCACCCCCAACGAGAAAGCUCUGUCUAAAUGUCACAGAUACGUGCUUAGACACCAAGAGCUUGCCUCUGACGGGGAGAUCGAGACCAAACUAAUCAAGGGAGAUGUUUUUAGGACCAGAGGUGGAGGACAAGCUGUGCAGUUUACUGACAUUGAGACACUAAGACAAGAGUGUCCAACAGCACCAAGCCGUAAAAGGCGAUCAGGGUCUCAAGAGGGACCAGAUCAAAUAGAAGAUGUAGAAAACAUGGCUCCACAGCCAGGAUCGAGUUCAAGCAAUGGAUAUCAAAAACGCAGAAGGCCCUAAUGUGCUGUACAUCUGAAAAGACUUUUUCUUCUUCCUGAAAACAUCUGUGUCAUACCAGUAAAGGGGAAACUAUGCUUCUUUUUGACAGCUAUUUUUUUUUCUCAUCCUAUCACACAAGAUCAUGGUGCAAUUAUUAUUUAAUCUUUGCUUAAUGAUGUACAUUAUUCUUAUUGUAAUUUGCUAGAUUAGUAUGCUUGUCCCCUUUUGAAUGCUGAAACAUAUUUAAACACAUGUCAGUGGUAAAUGUUCACACACCUGUUGAACAUUUAGAUCAUGUCAGCUGCUUUCAACAGCUGCCCAAAGAUCAGUGUUUGUCGCCGUAAUCUUUGUCUAUGCAUGUUUUUAUUUUUUCUAAAUUUAUUCUGUUUUCUAAUGUUUCGCUAAAUAAGCGUGUUGCUGAUCAUAAAAAAUACAGUUUCAGGAUUCACAAAGUGUAGAGCUACACACGUAUAUGUUGAACUGUCUACCUGUAAAUAAGCUUUUUACUUGUUUGAAGCAACUCCUAAAAUAUGUAGCACACACAAGGAUUUUUCGGUGGUAUUAAAUAAAAUAAAGUCCAACACUC